GCCGCGGCAGGACGGUCUAUUGGAAGGAGGGUGGGGCGGGAUAAAUCAUAGUGACGCUACUCGCUGCCGGGGUAACGGAGUUUUAGGGUUGUACGGAAUGUUGCCGGCGGAGUGGUAACUCCCGCCAUUUUUCAACCAGCCUUUCGCCUCCUUGUUUGUUUUCAUACUGAGUGCAAAACUACCUGUUUGUUUGCGUACGGAUCUCCAAGGACGCGGUGGAGAGGCUGAGCACUUGCCCUGCAAGAAAUCCAAGUCGACAAGGGUCGGACCGGGAGAAAAAGCGCGCGGCCAGACUUCCUAUCGAGCACCUCCGCUGUCCCCUGCAAGUGCAACUUGCAAAUCGCCAGCAGCCUAAAUUCUGGAAGACAACGUCUCCGACAACGGAGAAGUUUUUCCACCGCAAGGAGAGAGUUGUCUUGGCUAGUUAAGCCGCCAGUUGGGAGGAAGAGCAACUCGCGUGCGCUACUGUGAGGACUAAUGACAACGUCUCAGGGUACUCGAUCCACCUUAGCAGGGAGGCGAUGUGACUAACCGUGUGCGUUGUGUUUGUACCGAGGAUAAAGCAGACGAGCUUGUGUGUCCACACGCUGAAUGCACUGGAUAUGUGCGGAAUGUUCUGUGAUAUGAGCCCUUGCUGUACAUCUUAAGGAUAUUUCUGGAUAUUUGUGAAGCUUGAGAAAGUAGGAGGCAUAUUUAUUGAAGUCGUCACCGCCCGCGUCGCGCUCUCACGAUGGCACCGCUACUGGGCCGGAAACCCUACCCACUGGUUAAGCCGCUGGCCGAGCCCCCGGGCCCAGGAGAAGUCUACACCAUCGAGCACACCAAAGAGGCCUUCACGAACAAAGAUGAAUAUGAGGAACGACUGCAGAAGUACAGCGAGCGGAUCUGGACCUGCAAGAGCACCGGCAGCAGCCAGCUCACCCACAGGGAGGCCUGGGAGGAGGAGCAGGAAGUCACCGAGCUACUCCAGGAGGAGUACCCCUUGUGGUUUGAGAAGCCGGUUUUGGACAUCGUGCACCACAACACCAUCUCCCUGGACAAGCUGGUGGACCAGGUCUGGCUGGAGAUCCUCACCAAGUACGCCGUGGGAGAGGAGUGCGACUUCCUGGUGGGGGGGCAGCAGAGCCGGAGGGUGAAGGUGCUGAAGGUGCACCCCCCGGAGCCCCCGCCCCCCGAGGAGGCGGCGGCCGAGAAGAAGCUGGAGGGGGCGUGCGACUCCCCCUCCAGCGAUAAGGAGAACACCACGCAGGAGAACCAGAAGAAGGAGGCGCAGCCCCGGGAGGAGGGCCGGAGGGAGAGCCUGCGAGACCGAGCCCGCCGCUCCCCCCGGACGCUCCCCACCAGCCUGAAGGAGGAGAGGAGGAAGUGGGUCAUGCCCAAAUUUCUGCCCCUCAAGUACGACGUGCAGCUGAUGGAAGAGGAGAAGGUCAUCAACAACGUUCCCGUCGACAGCCUGUUCCGCACAGAACGCCCUCCCACCAAGGAGAUCAUGCGCUACUUCAUCAGGCACAACGCCCUGCGGCUGGGCACUGCAGACAGCGCCCCCUGGGUGGUGGAGGAUGAACUGGUGAAGAAGUACAGCCUGCCCAGUAAAUUGAGUGACUUCCUGCUGGAGCCGUACAAGUACUUGGCAGAGAACCCCUCAGCCAAGCGCAAGAGCCUGAGCUCUCUGGAGGGGAGGCCGGCCAAGAAGCUGAAGACAGGGGAGGCUGGAGAAGAGGGGGAUCUGCAGACGAAGAAAGAGGAGGAAGAGGAGAAGGCGAAGAAGAAGGGGAGAAAGAUCAGCGACGGCAUGGCCCUCAGCCCGUCGGUGUCUCUGCUGAAGCUGAAGAACGUGGGCGAGCUGAUGAAAGCGCAGGCCGAGGCGGCCGACGGCAAGGCCGCCAAGAGGAGCCGCAAGAGCACCGCCAAGAGCGAGGAGCAGAGCGGCCCGGGCGGCAGGACCCCGCCGGACGCGGCCAGAGGGGGCGCCACCGCGGCCCCCCCCGCCAGCCCCAGGAAGCGGGCGCGCAGCACGGGGCCCGGGACCCCCAAACGCGGCAAGCCCCUCCCCCGCGUGGCGCAGCAGCUGAUUCGCUACUACGAGCAGCACAAGGGGCGGGAGGACCGGAGGAACACGGUGUCCUGCAUGGUGUCCAAGGCGGCCAAGGCGCUGGGGCCGGAGGACCGGGCGCGGCUGCCGGACGAGCUGCGCGUGCUGGUGCAGGCGCGCUGGGAGCUGCUGGAGCACAAGAGGAACUGGGCCUCCCUGAGCGCCGAGGAGAAACAGGAAGUGAUGCGCAGGAAGCGGGUGGAGCUGAAGGAGCGGCUGCGGGAGAAGCGGGGGCGGGAGCUGCAGGCGCGGCAGGAGCUCCAGCGCAGGUUCGAGGACCAGGAGCUGCAGGGGCGGAGCCUGCCCGCCUUCCGGCUGGUGGACACGCCCGAGGGGCUGCCCAACGCCCUGUUCGGAGAUGUCGCCAUGGUGACCGACUUCCUGAACUGCUACUCGGGGCUGCUGACGCCGGACGGGCGGUGCCCCGUGGCGGCGCGCGCGCUGAUGGAGGCGCUGGCGGGCGAGGGGGCGGGGUUCGCGUACCUGAACGCCGUGCUGCUGGCGCUGCUGCAGACGCUGCUGCAGGACGAGCUGGCCGAGGGCUACCGCGAGCUGGACGUGCCGCUGUCGGAGAUCCCGCUCACCGCGCACUCCGCGUCCGAGCUGGUGCGGCUGUGCCUGCGCCCCAGCGACGCCCAGGCCGGCGACAGCGGCCGCGGCUCCGAGGUCUGGGCGCCCGACGGCUACGACGACGUGCUGAGCGCCGACUUCCUGGAGCGGCUGGAGGCGGCAGAGGUGUUCGAGCUGAGCGCGCCGGAGAAGGUGGGCCUGCUGGUGGCGCUGUGCCACCGCAUCCUGAUGACGUACUCGGCGGAGGACCACGUGGAGGCCGUGCAGCAGCGCAUCGCCCGGCUGUGGAAGGACCGCCUCGCCACCCUCAAGGACGCCAACGACCGCAAGCGGGCCCAAAAGCAGCGCCAGAGGGAGCUGCUGGCGGCCCGGGGCGGGGCCGGGUUCUGGGUCAAGGUGGAGGGCGGGGCUGAGGACGCCCCAGAGCCUUCUGGGGAAAAGAAAGAGGGCGGCGGUGAGGAGGCGGCGGGUAAAGCCGAGGCGGCGCCCGUCCCGGUCGAACCCGAGCCGGAGGACAUGAUCAGCACGGUGAGGAGCAGGAGGCUGAUGAGCAUCCAGGCCAAGAAGGAGAAGGAGGAGCAGGAGAGACAGACCAAGGGUGAGAGGCUGCUGGAGCUGUUCCUCAAGCGCAUGGGGAAGGUGGCAGGGUGGCGGAUCCAGAGCAGCAAGGCCUCAGGGGUCAGGCGCCUUCAGGUGUUCCACUGUUACCUGGGUCAGGUGGUCCACUGUUGCCUGGGUCAGGUGGUCCACUGUUGCCUGGGUCAGGUGUUCCACUGUUACCUGGGUCAGGUGGUCCACUGUUGCCUGGGUCAGGUGUUCCACUGUUACCUGGGACGCCCGUCUUCUGUGAUUGACAGGUACUGGCUGUUCUCUGAUCAGGUGCCUGGCCUGUACAUCGAGAAGGGGUGGGUGCACGAGAGCGUGGACUACCACUUCACCCUUCCUCCUGACGAAGAGGAGGAUGAAGAGGUGGAGGUGGAGGAGGUGGAAGAGAUUGAGGAAGAUGAUGAGCUGCAGAAGGCCGAGUGUGGUUCGGAGGGUGCACUGGCUGACGGCGGCCCCCUGUGGUCUCUACAGGCGACAGAACCCAUCGAGAGCACCGUCCCGAAAGUGGGGCAGAACCUCUGGUGUGUGUGUGACACGACGCAGGAGCUGGAGGAGCUGAUGGAGAGUCUCCACCCUCAGGGCAUUCGAGAGGGCGAGCUGAAGAGCCAUCUGCAGUCCAGGUGUCUGCCCCCCCCCCCUCAGGUGCGCUCGCUGGAGAAGCUGAAGGAUUUGGGCGAGUGUGUGAUCGCCCUGCAGGCCUGCGUCAUUAAGAAGUUCCUGCAGGGCUUCAUGGCCCCCAAACAGAAGAAGAGGCGCAAACACGGAGGGGUGGAGAGCGCCAAGCCAGAGGAGGUGGACGAGGAGAAGCGGCUGGUCCAGGAGGCCAAGGUGGCGACGGCGGUGGAGCGGUGGAGGACUGCGAUUCGGGAGGCGCAGACGUUCUCUCGCAUGCACGUGCUGCUGGGCAUGCUGGACGCCUGCGUCAAGUGGGACAUGUCUGCCGAGAACGCGCGCUGCAAGGUGUGCCGCAAGAAAGGAGUGUGUGCUCUAAGUUCAGCUGCACUGUCGCUGGGUGGCGCCCCCUGCUGGCGGGCUCCUGCAGGUUGUCUCGUUGGCUCCGCAGGGCUCGGGCGCUCACAGGUGCUGCGGCUGCGGGACUGCCAGCAGGUGCAGGGCGUUAGUGUCAGGCAGGUGGAGGUGAGGACGAGCCACGCCCGGGUGCGGCAGAGAGCAGGAGAGGAUGAUAAGCUCGUCCUGUGUGAUGACUGUAAUAAGGCCUUCCACCUUUUCUGCCUGCGGCCGGUGCUCUACUCCAUCCCUCAGGGGGACUGGCAGUGUCCCGCCUGCCAACCUGCUACAGCCCGCAGGUCCUCACGAGCCAGGAACCGCAGUGAUGACACGGAUGAUGAGGAAGACUCCAGGCAGGAAGAGCACUCUGAGGAGGACGAGGAGGUGGAGGAGGACGAAGAGGAUCGCCCAUAUGUAUACUUGAGGUCCAGGAGGAAACCCAAGGUGAAGGAGUUGUCCUCUCACACAAAAGCAAGUGGCAAAACGGCAUCCAAGAGGCAGCCCCCGCCCCCCUCCAAGAGCGGCAGGCCGAGGGGCCCCCCCAGCAACCCCGCCGACAUCGAUGAGCUGGUGCGUCAGUGUUCCGGCUCCGCCCCCCGCAGGUUGGUGAUGGAGUUGGCCAGGUGUGAGGAGAUUGUGCACAAACUGCUCAAGUCGCUGUUCUCCUUCCACAGGGACCCCGUGUCCCCUGACGAGGCGGAGGACUACCAGGACGUCGUCUCCAACCCCAUGGACUUAAAAACCAUGCUGGCCAAGUUCUCCAGCAGCCAGUACCGGCACCCCAGCGACUUUGUGGAGGACAUGAAGCUGGUCUUCUCCAACGCCGAGGCGUACAACCAGCCCGGCAGCGCGGUGCUGUCCUGCCUGGCCCUGACUGAGAAGAGCUUCACCGCCCUGCUGCACAAACACCUGCCCGGCGUGGCCUACCUGCGCCGCAGACACCGCCAGCGCACCGCCCGGGGCCGCCAGCCGCAGGAGGAGGAGGAGGAGGAGGAGGAAGAGGAAGAGGAGCAGGAGGAGGAGCGGGUGCACAGGAAGCGGGUUGGCAGGCCGAGGAAGUUAGUGAAGGAGGAAGAGGAAGAGGAGGAGCGGCGGGUGUACAGGAAGCGGGUUGGCAGGCCGAGGAAGGUGGUCAAGGAGGAAGAGGAGGAGGAAGUGCAAAAGAGUGGGAGGAAGAAACGGCGGGGCAGGCCCAAAGGUUCCACGAGGCGGCGGAAUGCCCAACGGGAGGAAGAGGAGGAAGAGGAGGAGGAGGAGGAAGAGGCGGACCCCGCUCUGAGAAGGAGCAGGCGGGCGGUGGUCUCCAGGUCUGCCCGGAAGGAUUACCGCGAACAGGAGAGUGAGGAGGAGGAGGAGGAGGAAGAUGAUGAAGAGGGGGAGGAGGAGGAGGAGGAGGAGGAGGAAGGUGAGUGGGACCGCAGGAGAACACGGCCCCACAGGACCAGAGGGGGGGCCAAAGCCAGGGACGAGUACAGGCCUGGCCAGCGACAUUCCAAACGGCAAAAGCGCUCCAUAUGAAAACCCCCCCACUAUCCCCCCCCCCCCAGCACACAGUCAGUCCCUCCCUGUGGCCCCCGGACCCUGGCCCUGACCGGCCCGCCGUCUUUCAGUGUUCCUUUUUAUGUUCGUAUUUAGCGUGGGGGGUGGGGAGGGAGGGGCUGGUGUAUAUUUGUAACGAGUUUAUUAUCAGCAGUUUUAUCAAACUGAGAAAUUUGGGUUUCAGGACCUUAUUUUCACCUUUUGACCUUUUUGACAGAAUUUUUUAUUUUGAAAGUUUUCCCCCCAAAAAGAUGGACUUUGAAAAGAGACUUUAAGUGUGUCCACGUAGUGGCCCCCAGCAGCGUUUUGAGUUUGAUGACUUUGUUUGAGAGUGUGGGGGCAGAGAUGGGGAUGGGG